AUGUUGAUAGAGGAACAUGACUGGAACCAGACUAAUACCUCUUAUAGUGGCACUGGAACUUAUGAAUGGAAUCUUGUUGGCUUGACUGAUAGACAGCUAACUAUUCUUGUUCAUAGGAUGCUUAUGUAUGCGACUAUCUAUAAAAGUGUUAAAAACACAGAUAGAAAUAUUUGCAAAAUGAUUAUUGCAGGUUUUAUUGGCCAAUUUAGAGGUUGGUGGGAUAACUAUAUGAGCAUUGAAGCUAAAGUUGCUGUUGUAAAUGGUAUUGUUGAUAAUGAAGGUGUUGAUAACUUAGGAAUUUCUCUAGUAAGAAAUAAAGAAGAAAAUGUUUAUACUUUAGUCUUGACCAUUCUGGAACAUUUUAAUGGUAGACUUACCAAUCAGUAUGAGACCGUCCGUUCCCUGUUAAAUGGCCUACGAUGUAGACAUUUAGGAGAAGUUCGUUGGUACAAAGAUACCUAUUUGAGUCGGGUGAGGGAACUACCCAAAAAUGGUCUUGAGCAUUGGAAAGCUAAGUUUAUAGGCGGAUUGCCCCCUUUAUUUGCUGAACGACUAGGAGACUUCUGUACUCAGUUUGGAUUACCUGAUAUCGCCACUAAGGGUACCAGACCUAGAGAUUCUAGUGGAUCCAAUCCAGAAAAACCUCAUAGAAAACAAAGGUCUAGACAAAGGUCUAGGGAGGAACGGGAAGAGCAAAAAGCUCAUCAUUACGAUUCUGAAUCUAGUUCCGAGCAUGCGGAUGAUCAACCUGAGUCCUCUGAUAAUAAUCAGCCAGCCACUAUAGAUGCUUGCAAAUGCCAAGUUUAUAAUAGACUUGCUAAACAACCCAUUGUUAUACGUGAUACUUCUUUUGAUGAUUUGAAAGGAGAGAUUGAAAAUCUUAAACAAGAAAUUAAAAUGCUUAAACAAAAUCAAACAAUUUGUGAUCAUCGCCUUACUCAGAUUGAGUCAGUUAAUAACAAAGUGGAGCUGAUCAUAACAGCAAAAGGAUUUUCUGCUACAUACAAAGACCGAGAUAUAAGUUAUACGAAAUCUCGCCCUUGCCAGAUGAAUGCCGAAUUGGUUGAAUUCUACAAAACAUAA